AUGGAUGUUGGUAGGCUUGUAGAGGUCAAAAGCAAGUUUGACGCUGAAUUUCGACGCUUCAGUUUUCUGGUCGAAGAUUCACUACAAUACAGUGCUUUUUAUUCCCUGCUUGAGCGGAUACAUAUGCUUUUCAACAUCCCAUUUGUUAUCCAAUAUGUAGAACCAAAGAAUUCAGACUUAUUACCUAUCAGCAAUAACAAAAAUUUCGAGGUGGCUGUAAAUUCGUCAAAGUCUCUACUAAGAGUUUUGCUGCAGAGAAAGGGUGAGAGUUAUGGAGAGCUAUACGGUUACAAAACUACUAAACACAGUCUUAUCCAUCGAGGUGCAGCUAAUACUCUUCGGAAUUUCGGUAGUAGUGGCAAACCUCGUCGAUCUGAAAAACCCGUUAUUAGUGUGCUCAGUGAUUUUCACUUGGUUUCAUCAAUCCUCGAUGUUGAUAUCAUCCCGUGGACUUUAAGAAGGGUUCAUCUUGUUCGAACACCCGGGAAACAAUUCGGUCUACAUAUCCGUACAGGUGUAAUUCAAUAUUACACAAAGAAUGGUUAUGAGACAGUUCCAGCCUUUUUCAUCUCCCGUCUGACAGAAGAUGGUAUCGCCUAUAAUACAGGACUGUUGGCCGUCAAUGAUGAGAUCAUUGAAGUCAAUGGGAUUGAAGUCUACGGGAAAUCAUUGGAUCAAGUCAACGAUAUGAUGGUUGCAAAUAGCUCGAAUUUGAUCAUCACGAUACGACCAGCUGAUCAGAGUAUGUGUUUACCGCCUCCACGAGAAAUUUCACGUUCGCGAUUUUCACCACAAAAUUCUGACCUACUGUAUGGUCCACGUAAAAAUAUUGGCUAUGCCCAGUCUCCAGGACAACAACAGCUUCAAGCGCAAGUCGCCACCUCACGUUCGUCAGGAAAUACUUCAACAACUCCUACUACUACGAUUGAUGGUCAAUUCUCCAAGAUGGGUUUACAUAAUGGUGUUGACUCUUCUACAAUACAAAUUAAUGAGGAGGUUGGAAGUGAUGACGAUAUGAACGUCGGCUUAAUUACAAUCUAA